AUGCUUCCUAGACCUGUCGUAGACAUUCUACCCGACCGUUCCUCUUAUCUGCCAGGGGCCGUUAUUUUUGGGAAAGUGGCAAUAACAAUGGCUGGAAAUCUGCAGAUUGACCGGGCUUCUAUUAUACUAACGCAAGUAGAAAAGGCGAAAGUCCGGUGGCUCGGGUUUACGGUGGGGUCUGGCGAAAAAGUCCACUAUCUUCUGACUCAGCACAUUCUCCGGCCUAGAUCUCCUACUCAUUCACCUAUCAUCCUAUCCAAAGGGCUUAUACAUCUCCCUUUUUCAUUGAAGAUCCCCUCGGAUGCUCCACCAUCGUUGGCUAUUGAUAGCGAUAACUUCUGCAAAGCCUCCCUAUCCUUUACCAUCGUGGCUCAAAACGAUCUCAUUUUCCGGUGGAGCACUUCCAUCACCAUUCUUCCGGUUUUUGUACCGAUAGCCAGCUAUGAUACGAUCCUCGAGAGACACGACGUGAAACUGGCACUAAAACCUGUCCAGUCUGCAUUCGACAAAACUGAUAUUGUAAGGGCUAAUUGGUCAGUUGACAAUCAAUCCUCUUCAAAGGUUUCUGAGCUAAGUCUGUCAUUGCAUGCGAAAGCAGUUGUGCGUUGCGAUGGCGGAAGGACAAAGCAGCUCAGCGAAGCACUCAUGGAGAGGUCACUUUUAAGCAUGCCGAUGCGUAAAGGGGCUAGGCGUUCUGGAUGCAUUGAAUUCGACUUGACUCAACUGUCUCGUCUAGACUACUCUGUUCCCUCUUCAAGUCCCAUAGUUCGUCGCACUGAUUCUAAACCUAUACUGACGGGAUAUCUUACACUCGACUAUGUGCUACGCCUGUUGGUUGUGCAUAAGGGACAGCAACUAAAGCUAAAGAUCCCUAUCUAUAUCUUACCACUACACGCCACUCCACUCCCCAGCUCGCCAACUAUUGUUGUUAGCCAGCUGAAAACAGAGCUUUCAUUACACGAACUACAGCUGCAGCGAACUCGUGAACUUGCAGCUUCACAAAAGGUGGAGAUUGAGCAGCUCAAGGAGAGACUAAGUCGAUCAGGCAACAGUGAGGUCUGCUGCAUCUGCCUGGAGAACGAUGCUAGUAUCGUGUUCAUCCCCUGCGGUCACUUCUGCACGUGCAGGGUGUGCGACAGAUCACUGACAAGGCGACAGUGUCCCAUCUGCAGAAAAAAUAUAGAGAGCUCCUACGCUAUUUACAAAUAA